AUGGUUCAUCUAUCAAUACAUUUAGCAUACGAAGCUAGAAUUACAGGACCCGUGCAUUACCGUUGGAUGUAUCCAAUUGAGAGGUUUCUUCUUAAGUUAAAGAACUGUGUGCAUAAUAGACGUUAUCCAGAGGGUUCUAUUGCAGAAGGCUAUAUAGCAGAUGAAUGUUUGACAUUUUGUUCAAGGUACUUAGAUGACGAUAUCCAAACAAAAUUCAAUAAACCAACAAGGAGUUUAGAUGGUCCUGUAGGAGAUGGAGUCAUGACAAGUUUGGAUCCUCUUACAUGGGAGCAAGCUCAUCGAUAUGUGUUAUUCAAUUCGGAAGCUAUCAAACCAUUUCUCAAGCAACAUGAAGAAUUUGUUUUCAGUCACAAUCGUCAAGGUUCAACAAGAAAAUGGAAUAAGGCUAAAGAUCAAUGUCUUACUUUUCAUGAAUGGUUUGAAGAUCGAGUAAGGAAUUUAGAUGUUAGUGAAGAUGUUAAAUGGUUGUCUAAAGGGCCAAAUACAGUUGCGAGAAGAUUUUCUGCAUAUGCAAUAAAUGGCUACAAGUUUGUCAUUGAAAGUCGUGAAAGAAAAACACAAAAUUCAGGGGUUAUGGUUGUUUCAUCUACAGUCAAGUUUAGAAACAAGAAAGAUGAAAAUCCGUUGGUAGAAAAUGUUACCUACUAUGGAGUUUUGAAAGACAUAAUUGAAUUGGAUUACUACGAACAUUUCAAUGGUACAAUAAGGGCAAGAGGUAAAGUUUCAUGGGCUGCCAGCUCAAUGGAAGAUACCCUUAAUGAUCAAGAAGUUCAAACAUACAUCAAAAAGCGUAAGGCUUCAUGGCCAAGUGGAUCAAUGACUGAAAUUCUUAUGUAUCUUCUAUUUCGGCGUAUAUUAGUAGAAGCAUGA